AACGUUCUCGGUUCUCCCCUUCCGUACCGCCAGUCGGUACUUCAGUUAUUAGUCAGCAGAUUGUGAAGAAACAGCUGUCUCCAAAGCGAGAAGACGAAGAAAGGGGAAAUCGAGAGAUGAGCUACCAGAGAGUCCCUCCCGAGGAACCCUACCCUCCUCCAGGACAUCCUCGAUCUCAGGCGCACCCUUACCCACCGCCACCAGAUGUGUACCCGCCUCCCCCUCGGGGCCAUGGACAUCCACCACCACCCCAUGGCGUGUACCCGCCGCCGCCGCAGGGUCCUUACCCCCCACCACAGCAGCCUCCACCGGGGUACCAGGGCUACUUCAACGACCAGCAGCGUCCUUACUACCCGCCGCCGCAUGGAGAGCAUCAACACAACCACCACCAGGGAAACCAGGGUAGCUCCUCUGGGUUCCUCAAAGGAUGUUUGGCUGCUCUCUGCUGCUGCUGCGUGCUGGAGGAAUGCUGCGGCUGCUUCUGAGACGUGAGAUGUCCGGGAAUCCGAUCGCAAGUUAUCGUCGCUAGCAUUCGGGAGCACCCCAGUUAUUAUCAUAUAAUAGUAACUGUGCUUGUAAAUAAUCUGGAGCAGCAGUGUUCAUGAGCUCCCAGCCCCGCAUUUAUAUUCUCAUAAUUUGUAGUACGUUCUAUGAUUUAUCCGAAAAUAAA